UCGCUAGUCAUCUGAAUUUUUGCGAUUUGAAACGCCAGCCUUAUCAUAUUCCAGUGUGCUGGAGAAGGAGACCGUGACGGGCUUAAGCAAAGAAAAUUGGGCGAGUUACCUUGGAAAGUCAAGAUUUCGGCGCCACAGCCUCCAAAUGAUCGAUAAUGAUCCUAUCGUCAAAGCGAUCUCCAAGAGGAAUGUUCCCACUGAUGCUUUACUGCCGUUAUCUUGUCUUUUUCCCAUCCUGCAUUUCGAUAGUCAUGAACCCGGGGAGCCUCUUCGCUAUCUCUGCGACUUUCAAUAUUGGGACCAAUCUCCUUGCUUUGGGCAUGUUUCUUUGGGUCAUCAUCGGUAUCAUACGACGAAGAUCGAGCUCCUCGCUGCCUUUUCCCCCUGGUCCGAAGGGAUAUCCCAUCAUUGGCAAUAUGUUCGAUGUUCCCAUGGAGCGUGAAUGGGAAGCAUGGGCGGAAUGGCGGAAGAAAUAUGGGGAUAUCUCUUCAGCAACAGUACUGAAUCAAACCAUUGUCAUAUUGAACUCGUAUCCCCUCGCCAAAGAGCUCCUCGAUGGUCGAUCAGCUAAAUACUCGGACAGGCCUUACAUGUCGAUGCCGAUCCUUUGUGGAUGGAAAGAUACACUUCUGAUUUUAGGCUAUGGCCGAGUUUUUCGAACCCAACGAAAACUUUUCCAUAAAUCAAUGGGAACUAUGGAAAUUUUUCAUCGUUUUUAUUAUAUUGAAGAUGAACAAAGUCGAAAGUUCCUGAAGAGGGUCUUAGCAGAGCCUGAGAUAUUCGUGCAGCACAUUGAAACCGCAGUCGCCUCGAUCGUCCUUCUAAUUGCGUACGGCUACACCAUCGGCGAAAAUGACCCUUUACUCGCAAAGUGCAAACAAAUAACGGAAGAUUUCAUUCGGAUGACGUCGCACAAGUUUCUCGUGAACAAAAUACCAGUCUUGCGACAUGUACCGGGAUGGAUUCCCGGAGCGAAUUUCCAAAGGCUUGCCAAAGAGUGGAAGCAAAAAGUGGAAGAGCUGACCGAUGAGCCUUUCCACUGGGUCAAGGAGCAAAUGGCAAAGGGUACCUUCAAACCCUCGUUCGUGUCCACAAACCUCGAAGAUAACGACGACGAAUACUCCAUCAAGUGUACUGCUGUUGCGAUUUAUGGAGCUGGAUUCGAUACUACAGUCGUCACCAUCAAGGUCUUCUUCAAAAUGAUGGCUCUGUUUCCCGAUGUCCAAGCCCGCGUUCAAACUGAGAUCGACUCGGUAACGGGAAGCAACCGGCUACCUACUCUCGCAGAUCGCGACCAAGGUUUACUCCCGUACACCCUUGCUACGCUCUAUGAGGUUUUUAGAUGGCACUUGCCCCUGCCUACAGGGUUCCCCCACCGCACUGUAGAAGACGACACGUACAACGGCUAUUUCAUCCCGAAGGGAUCUAUUGUCGCUUUCAAUACAUUGCAAAUGUGUCAUGACCCCGAAUUGUACCCUAAUCCUGACGUGUUUGACCCGACACGGUUUUUGGGCGUUUCGCCUCAGCUUGACCCACGAGAGUUGAUAUUUGGGUUCGGUCGGCGUGCUUGCCCUGGUCGCUUCUUAGCAGAAGCCUCUGUAUUUCUGACUAUGGCAAGGACUCUUGCGGUAUUCAAUAUAACGAACGCAGUCGAUAUGUAUGGCGUUCCAUUGAAGGCGGACCCAGCCCAGCUGACAGGGGCUAUAAGUGAUACACCAGUAUUCAAGUGCACUAUCAGACCAAGAAGUGAAAAGGUUGCAUCUUUAAUCGAUGAGAUACUUUGAAAAGCUAUUUUUGUACAACAGAUUGAAAUCCUGCGUUUUUAUGAUUGCCUCUGCAAAUAUCCUGCACCCCUCGGCCAUUUCCUCCUCGCUAAUGUUGAGUGGCGGAAUAAAC